GGGUCAUCCAGAGUAUAAAAGACGUUGGAAAAUAUCGAAUUGCAUCAGUUAUCUGUUUGAGUUCGAUUUAUAAAGUCGUAGCAAGCUUAAAACUAAACCAUUCAAAAUGUUCAAAUUGAUUGUUGCAUUAUUCGCCAUGUUUGCUUUGGCUGCUGCCAAACCAGGACUCUUGUUGUCAUCACCAGCCCUCGUUCCAGCAGUUUCAAAGGCUUACGUGUCCCCAGUUAUCUCGGCACCUUAUGUCGCAGGACCAGUUGUAAAGACCUACGCAGCUGCACCAGCCAUCUCAUCAUACUCAUCAUACCAAGUUGCUGCUGCUCCAGCCCUUUCAUAUGCAGCCCAACCAGCCUAUACUACAUACGGAGCAGCAUCACCAUACGCCUACAAUGGUUACAAUGGUUACAAUGGUUACAAUGGUUACAAUGCUUGGUAAACAAUUUAGAUAUCGUUGAGAUGAAUACGACAAGCAUCAAGGUCAUCCGGAUGCAGUCGAUAAAAACAAAUCCAAUGUUCUUGGUUAACUACCAUUUUUGAUAUCUCAAAAUUCGUUCAUUUGACUGAAUUUUCAAACCAUUAUUUUGCAAAAGUAAAAAUCACAUCCUUUCGCAUGUGACAAAAAAAUAAAUCACAAAAAUUUUUUACCGGACAAAUAAAAAAAAACUAGUACAAAUUCAAA